UACGAGCGUACUAAGCAGCAACAGGCAUAACCUUGAUAAAAUAUCUCUCACCAAGAGCGAUGUGAGAAAGUAAAAUGAUACUAGGCAAAAGCCAAUAAAAAACUAUACACCACUAAUUCUAUAAGCUACAAAGUUAGCUCAUUUAUGUUUAUAGGCAAACGAAACGUUUCUCAUUUUCUGUCUUUGUUUAGGUACGUGUGUUUAUGUUUAUUGGAGUUAUUGAUAAAGUAGCUCGUUGCAAAGUUGAAAAUCACAUUCAGUUUAACGGCGAGUAUGGUUGUGCAAUCUGUAAACAACCAGGAAAAAAAUUACAUGAUGUUGAUCCUAUUUUAUAUUAUCGAAAUAAUUCACGUGUUUAUCCGUUUAAUGAUCUUGAACCAGAUGGGCCUGUUCGCACACGCGAUUCUAUACUUGAAUGUACACUGGAAGCAAUUAGAACAAAUAAACGUAUUAAAGGGGUGUUUGGUCCUCGUGCUUUCUUUCGUUUUAAACAUUUUAAUAUUGUACAUGGUUAUGUUAUCGAAAGCAUACAUGGAGUUUACCUUGGUGUACUUAGACGUAUGUAUAAAUUAUGGUUUAAUGGUUCUACAAAUAAUAAUUGGUAUAUUGGUGCAUAUAUAAAUGAUAUAUCAUCUUUAUACAGAAAAAAUGUUUUUUAUCCAUCUGGUAUCGGAAGAACAGUUCAUAAUGAUAAGGAUGAAGCACAAACAUUAUUAAUACUAUUUGUUAAAAAAUAUGAAAAAUUGUAUAGUGUAAAAGAAAUGGUGUCAGCCGUGCAUGAUAUGUUACAUUUAGCAAUGCAUGUCAAAAUGUAUAAUGCAUUACACGGAUGGUCCGGCUUUGGAUUUGAAAGUUUAAACGGUCUAUUGGUGGACAGUGUGCACGAUAACACUGUUGUUCAUUGUAAUUGUCUUAUAUGUCAUAAUGGUCAAUGGCUUAUUUCUGGUACCAAAUUUCGAUCUGAUCCAACAAAAAAUAGUUUAGUUCUAGCCGGUUAUAAAUAUACACUUCCUUCUUUGCUUGGCGUCGGUCAUUUUGACGAUGAAAUAUUACAAUGGACAUUAACGAGUUUUAAAGAAAGACUUAGUUUAAAAGAUUAUAAGUCAAUGUACAAACAAUUGAAAAAGAAAAAUAUGAAAUUAAAAGCUAAAUUGAAAACAUUCAAAGAUCUAUAUGAACAACGAAAUGACCGUUUUAUUAUUUUUUUUCUAGCACCACCACCAGUUGAAUGUUUUUGUUGGUGGAAAAAUGUGAAUGAUUUGAUCAAUGAGACAAAAGGUAUACCACUGCAACCAGAACUGUUAAGAAAAUGUCGUCAAAAAACACCCAGUAACACAGCUCGUCAUAUUAUUCAAGCAAUUUAUCCAGACAUUGUUGAACAAGCCAAUAUCAAAGCAAGUGAAAUACAAGAUUUGUGUAAAUCAAUUAUUUCAAGACAAAAAUUAGGUGCUAAAUCAUCGAUAAAUAGUCUUGAAUCAAAUAAUGCUGUUUUUGCAAUAGAUGCACAAGAUGACAAUGAAUUAGAGCAUGAUCAACAACAAGUGGUCGGUGAUGAUACUUCGAACAUUUUUGAUGAUUUUAGUGUAAACUAA